AAGAGCGACAACGGUAGCAGCCGUAUCGCGGCUUGCGGCGAUACGUGCACGGAAGGAAACAUUACUCAGCCGAUGCGGCUCCUUUCCGGCUUUCUAGAACCACGGGCGUAUUGGAUAUCUGCGCGUGGAAGUGACCGCGCGCUUCAAAAUAGUGCCCACCGUGUGACAGGUUCCCGCGAGGCGUAGAAUAUCAGCCCCGUGCCCGUGAAUAUUCUACGCGAAUAAUGACUAAGCGGUGUCGGGCGAGUUCAUCACGACCAGUGCUCUUGAAAUCAGCUGUCCAGAUGACGGUUGACGUUAGUUCGGUGUGCUUGAUGACAUUUUUUAACCGUUAAAAGUAACAUCCUCCAAAUGAAACUCUAACUACAUUUAAGGACACUGCUCUGCUCGAGUAGCGGCGAUGACACACUAGGAGCGGGUUGUGUAUUUUUAAAAACCUGCACACUUACAUCCCUACUGUACGCCAAGUGUACGCCGAUUGCUACUCGACCCUCUCCCGUAUGGUUAUGUGACGUACAGAGAGCUGUUUUUUGCUUGUUUCUUGCUCUAGUACAUAUGCACUCUCACCACCUACACCAACGCUGCUAAUGACUUUAGUUCCUAUCUUACAGCCCGCCCCUUCUUGUGCACUGCUACACAUGCGAUUGCGGGUGUGGUAAAUUAUGGGUGAGUAAAUCCGUCUGACGGGUUCUCACUCAAACCGAUUCACACCUCGGUUUAGCUUAGAUCGACCAACCCAGGCCCGGUCUAUCGAAGCCGAUCGCAUUUUCCGCGAAACGAUCCAACGAUCCGGACAUAAAGCAGCAGCAGCCGCCGCUGAGCUCGCGAGUGAAGCCACUGGAAGUUGGUGAUUUUUUGUUCAUCCAAUCACAUCUCGCAUACAUCCCCAACCACGACUGGGCGCAAAAGAUUGUGUUUCUGAGGUGCUUCUGGGUGGAUUUUUUUCACGCGCGGUCUUCAGUUCCCGGUUCGUUUAGUUAGAUUGAGAAGCAACCGCUCCGUACCCGGGGAAGAGUUGUGGUUCGCGAUUUCGCGAAUAGAUAGUCCCUUCGAUCGAACGUGUGAACGAGUUUAGGGCAGCGAUUAACGCAUAGUUCGGAUUGUACGCGAACGGCUUCCUAGAGGGAAGUGACUGUUGUGCGCGUUUGUACGAAAGUGUUGUGUUGAUUGUGGUCAGUGCGGACUAAGGUGCUUGUGAAGAUGAUGGCGUAUCAGCAGCGAGUUUCUCAGUAUCGUAGCCCCAGGAGAAUCGACUUUGAUGACCCAUCGACGACCAAGCCGCCGAGCCUGGCCAAAUCGGCCGUGCUUGCCGCGCUCGAGGAGGAGGAACGCGAAAAGUCGCGCGGCACCGCCGUUGGACGUCAGAGCCGCUCGAGACAGCCGGCACGAAGGACGCACGAAGCGGCCCCGUCCAUCGACCGUGAAACCGUGCUCAAGAUUAAUCGUCGCCCGCUGCAACGACGCCACCGGUCGUGCGACAACUUCUGGCCUCCGCGGUCACCGGCCACCGACCGCCAACAUCCCUCCCCAUCGGCCGUGACCGAUGCGCUGCCGGACGCAGAUCAGGGUGAGUUUGCAAUCGACAGCCGCCGGUACGGUAGCCACGACAGCAUCCACUUUGACGAGAGCAUCCGCCGGCAGCACAAAAUUGACCCACUCCGCACACUGUACGACCGGGAGAACGUCGUGCUGACGGACUGGGGGCAACGGCCUCGCUCUACACCGCCUGCUGCUUCCGCGGGCCACCAGCGAGAGGAUAAAAAUGAUAAUCAUGUUUACGGAAGUCCCGGUACGACGACGACGCAGGUGAACGCUCCGUGUCACACUUCCGCCGGGCAGCACGAUAAUCGUACGGCUUUGCGAGAUGAUUACGGCGAGUGCGCUGCGAUGCUACCGGCAACGUCCCGGGACACCGAUUGGCCGGCCGUGCAUGGCAAUUGUGUGCCGGGACAGAACGGUGGCGAUUUUCAGCCACGGAAGGAAGUGCAUCCCCCAGAGCCGCCGCCGAGACGGUACUACCUGCCGAUGGAUAAGAUAGUGAGCGGUGAGCUGGAAGCUAUGCUUCGCUUGUUCCAAGACACACCAAUUACACCAGAACAGCAGCAGCAUCAUCGUCGCCUCGAAUCACCCGGUCGUCGCAGCGCCACGCCAUCUCACGGUGGGAAGAUGCAGCUGCACGAGCGCAGCCACUCGGUGCAGGGAUUCGAGAGACCUUCGCAGCAGCCCGCACCAGCUACCCUGCUGCAAGACGGCAUUGAAUCGAAGCCCCCGUUAAAGUUGAAACCCUGCACCGGUGGCCGGACCACACCGAGAAGCGCACUGCAACGCCACCCGACCGUGACGGACGUUAGCUGCAUCGAGACAAUCGACCAGCAGCAGGUCGAUGCGGUUGAGGCGAAUCACGAAUUCAAUUUAAAUUCAAAUACGGGCUGGAAUUUAAAUAUUGAUCGACGUCACGAACCGGCACCGUGCACCAGCGGGCAGGGGAAACCGCCGAAACAAAGUUACUCCAGCGCUGCCAGCGCCACACCGUCGGUGACGUGUGUCGCUCCCGUGGCGGAGACGGCGGUAUCUAUCGGGGCCGAUCAGCUGACCACUAAUUACUUCGACAAACAGGCGGACCCGUCAACGGUACGUUUUCCGGUUGCCAGCAACUGGAGCUCAUCGGACGCACCAACGGGCCAGCGUACCACCGCACCACCCUGCUUCCCAGUGACCACCACUAUCCCCCCCAUUAGUCCACCAAUCGAACGACAGCAAGACCACAAAUUUGACAGUAACGUCAACUGCACCGGUUACCACCGGUGUUGGCCGUCGGUCGGCGAGUUUCAUAAUUACAAUGAAAAACUAAUUACAGACACGGCCGACGAAGGGGCGGUAAUGGCGGUAAUGGAAGGUGGCGGUCCACUCGACACCGGAUCAACACCGCAACCGUUGGACGAGCGUCAGAUCACCGAAAACCGAUGCCAGUCGCAUUCGUCAGCAUUAAAUGUAUCAAAUCAACCAAAUCGUAAUUGGAUUAAUUUAAAUUCAAAUCAAAUUUAUCACCAGCAGCAGCAGCAGCAACGGUGGCCAUCUCCAAGGGAUCCGGUCGUCUGUCAGCGCAUGUCACCGAGCGAGCCUGGCGGAGUUGGGUUAGCCGAUGCCUAUCAUCACCGAGCUGCGUCGGUCGGGCCCGGCGAGCGUCACGGUGCCAGUGGCCAGCUCGCCCGGGAGACACAUGUUGCGUACGGGACCACCACCACCAGCAGCACCACAGCGUACAACGAGCACGCUAAUGAUAACCUUCAAAGGUUCUGGCCAGUAGCAGCAGCAGCGGCAGCAGCAGGGAUGGCAGCAGCAGGAGCAGAACAGCACGAGAACUACCAGCUCGACUGUAAUUAUGAUAAUAAAAGCGUUCGGAGUCAUUAUCGCCGUGAAGCAUCGUCAUCCGACAAUGGGCAACUUCCGGUGGAGGGACCGGCACCACCACCAUCGGCUUACCGUUAUGUGACUCCAUCCCCACCGCUGCCACCGUACCCGCUGGCAGAAGAACCGCUGGCACCGUCCGUCCCCUGGCGACCCCGGGCACGCUCGGGAAGUUCCGGUUCGAGCGUAAAAAUUAAUGAGAUUUUCGAAUUUCCCCCACCGCCACCGUAUCCGUGCGAUUGUGCUGCGGGCGAUAUGACCGCGAUGGCCGGGGAGGAGGAGGAGAACCAGGACGAUGAGCUGCCAAAGGUGUGCCGUAGUACGAAUGUAAACGCUGCUGCUGCUGCUGCUGCUCCUACGAAUACUACGCCGGAUGACACCGGAAGGGAUUGCUCUACAAGUGACCGCUCCAACCAUCGUGCAAGCGUCAACCGUUCACCGGCAGUAAACGUUGCAGUUGCCGUCAAUGCGACAACUUUCCCAUCAACGAACCCAUCGCACCGGGACCGUUGCCAGCCAACGGUUGGCUCCGGUGCCGCUGGUGGUGAUAAUGAUGUCAACGUUCAUCCCACCCGCUGCCCAACACGCUUCGGCUCCGGUUCCCCGGAACCGACCAGCUGCACCCAGCGGGACGAUGCACAACCGUACCGCACCGUUACGGGCGAAUCGUUUCGCUCGCCAACGCCCCCAUCCGUACCGGCCAGCAGUAAUGUUGAUGUUGAUUAUUUUAAAACAAAUUUAACGGCUGAUAAACCACGGGACGCCAGCGCAAACAGCCGGGCGCAUCACCAUUUCGACCACCGGUGGGCCGGUGCACCGCGGGACAAAUCAAUCGACCCUUCGCCGUGCCAUUCCGGGGCCGAAAAUAGCGCACCGGCACAGUCGGAACGCGGCACCGACGCCGUCGACACGCCGGUACGACCAGCGCGCAUGAUUAGUUUCACCGAUGGUGAGUUUAUUUUUGGCCCAUUCGACGAACGGACGCUGGAAUUUGGACGAUUUGAAUUAUUGAGCGAUAAACGGGGGCAGGGAGCGCAAACACCUGCCGCCCCCGGUCGGACUGGCAGCACGAACGAGUCACUGGAAAAUGGCGCACCCGGGGACGCUGAAUGGUGCAACCUUGCUCACUCCCCUCCCGGCGAGUGUCAACAGUUCCGAGCUCCCUCGCCUCCCACCGACUACACCCGCUGGGCAAGGUUUGAAAAUGGAAAUAUAAGCCCCCGCGCUACAACCCCUUCGCCCGGGCGCGAUUUGACCGCGAACGAGCGGCAACAAUCAACGCCCGCUUCCGGUGCACCCACUACCGAUCCCACCCGCCGGCAAACGCGCGGCGAAGAAAUUGAGGACAUUUUUCAACAGCUUAACCACUCGCUCAAAGCGAACGCGGAAGACAGCGAGGAAAGUGCAGCUACGAAAGCGACCCUCGGCCAGCUGGUCGAGAACGUGCCGGUAAUCGAACGCAUACUGGAUGAUUUGUUGACCUUUUCGAAGCAGCUGCUGGAGCAGAAGCAGCUGCUCCAGGAGCGGCAGGAGUCGGCGAGCGGCGGCGAUGCAGCAGCCGCGCAACAAGAGCCUGGCGCACCGAAGCUGCGAGCCGAGAAUCGUGCGAUGGCACCACGGGUCGAGAUAAAUGAUGAUAAUUUAAUUAAUUUAUUAGCCUCCGAUAGUAGCGGUGGCGAGGAGGGGAACGAAAUGACGCCAACAAUCGACGACCGUGACACGCCAGAAAGGACGCACUCGGAAGGGGAGAGCAAAAAGUGUCGCGCAAACAAUGGCGCGAACAAUGGCAAUCAGCCGGUCGGUGGGGAGCUACCGCCCCAGCGGGAGGACCCAUUUACCAGCGUGGCCAUCUUCAACUGGAACCCGCUGGACGUGUACCAGCAGCAGGGGCUGUUUAUGAUAUAUCCCCGGUUUGCGCUGGCUGACAUGCGAGCCAUCUCGCCCGGGCCUCCCCCGGGUACCUCCAGUCAGUCGGCACUCUUCCCACUCCCGACAGUGCCGGAGGAGAUGGUCGAUAGCGUCACGAAUGCGGAGGUCCAAUCGCAGCGCCGAACGGGACAAGACACUGGUGUAGCAGCACCGAAGACAUCCGAUUGGAAAGUGGACGCUUGUCACAAUUAUUGUCCGGCGGGUGUUGAUCCCACCGUAACGGCUGGCUCAUCCAACCGACAGUCCGGUGACAAUGUAGAUAAGAUUGUGCAAAUGAAUCAGGUGUUACAUUGCAACGAGCCGGACAACGUUCGCUGUUCGCCGGCCGCUACACCCGACAGCGGUCAGCAACGUGAGCUCACACCGACCGACGAAGGUUUGAAGCGCGUUGCUUGGCCACCGCCAGCCGACGGUCCCGAGUACGAGGUACAUCCAUCACAGCAGAAACAACAACCGGUAGGUCAGCAAAUCCCAUUGCAGCAGCAGCAACAGCAGCAGCAGUUCCAGCCGCAACAAUUCUACCACCAAACGAACCCUCAGCAGCAGCAGCAGCAGCAACAACCGGCUUAUCAGCAAACGAGCUUCCCGCCGCAACAGCAGCACCCGCACCAGCCGGUGGAACGCAUCGUUCCCAUACAAAGGGCUACAUCGAUUCAAUCGCCCAAGUCGCCGGUUAAUCAGCUCAAGUACCCGGCGUACCAGAGUGCACCGCAGCCCGCGCAUCAGUAUCCCGGCGCCCGUGCACCAUCCUCCACUGUCGCGUUCAGUGGUGGCCGUGCCGUACUGCCCAACAAGUCGCAGCAGCAGCAGCAGCAGCAGCAGCAGUACCAGCAGCGCGGAGGUUACGCCAAUCAAGCCGCAUCACCACGCUCUCCGGUGGUUCCGGUAGCCUCGCCGCGCUCGCCGGCCAUUUCUAACCUCGGUGGUAGUGGAAGCCCACGCGGUUGGGCACACGUAGCCUCGCCGGUACCGACCAACCGUCCAUCGUCCCAAUUCUCAUCUUCACCUUCUUCACCAUCUUCACCCUUCUAUCAGCAGCAGCAACAGCAACAGCAGCAGCAGUACCAGCCGGGGUACGCUCCAUCCGGUCAAACCGGACCAGCUGCCUGGUACGGUGCGAGAAAGCCCGAAGCACAACACCAACAGCAACCGCUAGCACCACAGUAUCAGAAUCCGCUCGAGCAGCAGCCGUACCAACCGCAGCCCACUGAAGCUUUCCAACCGCUGACGGCACAACAGCAACAACCACUGUACCAACCGGCGCAGCCACCGCAGCCGCACCAGCAGUUGCCACCGACACUGAUCACAACCCUACGCAAAGAACCACCAAUGUCUCAGGAGCCCGCUCCCGUCUAUCAGACGCAACCGGUUGCUGCUAUUUAUCAAGGAGGUAGCAAUAUGCGCGGAGAUCAAAAGUGGCCCCCAGAGGAAUACAAGCGCCAGUCGGAGGUGGAUAACGAGGAACGCCGUAAGCUAGCCCAGCAGCCAGCGUUUCGUCCACGCCGCCAGCAGAAGGAUUAUGCCGACUUCUUCGCCAAGAAUGCACUGAACAACACCUACCCGGGCUAUCGGGCACCGCCAGGCACGCAGCACCAUGCUUAAAAAGGGCACCCGUUUCCCGUAAUCCCGUCCUCCCUGGGCUCGGGUGGUGGAUUACUGUUUGAAGAACCAAACAAAAUAGAAGCAUGUUCAACGUGUGCAUCACUACCCCGGCUGCGAAUGCGUCUUGAAAUGCUAGAAGCUUUGGAGCGUACCAAAACAAAUCAGAAAAAAAGUAUUUGCAAAUGCUAGUUUAGAACAAAAGUGGGAAAAGUGAGGAAAGUUGGAAUUCAAAAAAAAAAAUCAGGAGUUCAAAGUGAGGGCGUUUUUAAGAAAGCCUAAAAGCAAUCAGCGCUUAUUGUUAAAUUCUGCUUCAGCCAAAACAAAAAAACAACACCGUCACACGUAUAAAUAAAACAAACGAACUAACACAGUACACACACAAAAACACAUUUUCGAAAACAACAGGAACAAACAACGAAACAAAACAAAGAGAUAAGAAAUAAACUAGAAAGAGUUAGCAAUUACUAAUAAGGUUCCCCCCCCCCCCCCCACCAAGCAAAAACACGAGGCAAUAACGAGGGAGGAAAGGAGUGAGUGAGUGAGAUAGCAAGUGGUUUUCAAAAGCUUUCUGCAAAGCGUUCCACAGCGUUUGUUUAUAAGCUCUAUUCAACUACUACUACUACUACUACUACGAUCAAGGCAGAGGGGAAAGCAAAGCAGCAGCAACAAGUGUCUACUUCGAUUAGGCAGCGUUAGCUUCCGUUUGCUUCCGAACAGUUUUGAAAUCGGCAAAAGCAACCGCCAUGAUACGCGUGGAAAAUGGGCGCAUCAGUUGCGCGAUGGCGCUAAUCUUUCUGUGCCUUGUCGUGUGCUUUCUGUUCUCCGUUUCGAUGUGUGUUUUGAUUUGGCUCAAGUAUCAGGUACCGCAGGCGAAGGUGCGCGUGUGAGAAGCUUCCGUGUGCGCUUUAGGAGCUUUUUGAGCUUUUUUUCUGUACUGGGUUUAAGCUUAUUUUAUUUAAUUUUUUUACAAUCGACUACGUUAACACGGAACAUGUAACAAAAAUGCAAAGUUAAGUUUAUUUAAGCUAUAUUGUGCUUGUUAUAUUUAUGAGGCGAACAUUUGUAUCUAUCUACCCCCGGUGAGCGCUUAACGCUUAUUAUGAUGGUUGAAACACGCGCACAUAUAUAUAAAGCCACACACAGAUAAAACAAUAUAAAAACGUACAUUAAUAAAGGCUUAUAUUCGUUAAAUUAA